GGCAAAUCUAGGUGCUGCGCCAGGAUCUACACGCUACUUUUGACACACCAAAUUCAGGAGACCUACUAUUGAACACCGUGGGGCACAAAGCAAGGUGCUGUCAGACUAUAUUUCCUAGAUGCCGUCGAGUUACUCGAGGUUAGCCACAGACACUCUUCCCUCCCAGCCACCGGCUUACGAGGAUGGCCCGUCGUAUUCGCAUAGCCCAGCCGACGCGGCACAAACCCCGCCUUUCGAGCAGUUUGAGAUUGACGAGGACGAGGUCUACGAGCCUGCGAAAAGAGGCUCGUUGUUUCAAAGACUCGAGUUCCGGUCGAAACAAGUCAUCUACACCUUCAAAGACCGCGUGGUGGCACCGCUCAUAUACAUGCUCACUCCGUUGGGAGAGGCGUACAAAUAUAUCGCCUUGCGGUACGAGCAAGCCAUCCUCAAGAUAGGCAACCCGUUGGUGGUCAAGCGGCUCCUCUACGUGAUCGUAGUCACUGUCGUCAUUAAUGUGAUCCCUAUCAGCGGCAACUCCGACGGGGUGAACGGCUCAAGCGGCGGGACCUUCUCCAGUGGCAAAUUCUACGAUAUCGACAAGCUUGGCGACACGCUCAGGCUGUUCAUCCAUACCAAGACACUCAAAGAGAACAUUGAGUACUUGUCUUCCAUGCCUCACUUGGCUGGCUCCACUGGUGAUUUGGCUUUGGCAAGAUAUGUUGAGAGUUACUUCUCGUACAAUGGAGUCAGUGAAAUUGACUUCCACGAGUUAGACAGUUUUCUCAACUUCCCGAAGCGGGAUGGUACUUACUUGAAACUUGCCGAUGACUCCUAUGAGGCCACUCUUUACGAGGAUUCCGGAGACAAAAUGCAAGAUUGGGCCUUCAAUCCCAACUCCCCAUCUUCCGACGGAGAGAUUCAUGCUCCUUACUUGUAUGUGGGUGGCGGAUCUGCCACUGAUUUCGCUCGACUCCUUGAGGGCGGCAUCGACAUGAAGGGCUCGGUCCUUGUGAUCAAUUAUGGUGGUGGUAUUCCAGAGGCCAACAAAGUUGCGGAAGCCGAAAAGCACGGGGCAAAAGCUGUUGUCUUCGUCACUCCCAUCAUACAUUGGGCGGGCACAGAACGUGAAGAUUCCAUCCAGAAAGUAAACGUAGGACUCACCAGACACAGCCCUGGCGACGUGCUCACACCUGGCUGGUCUUCUCAUGAUACUAAUUCUCCGAGAUUAAGCUGGAGCAAAUCGGCAGCGACUGCCAAGAUCCCAUGUAUACCAGUGUCUUUCAAAGAUGGGCAGCAACUUCUUCAGAGACUAGGUCAAAAAGGUGUCCAGUUUGAAGACAACUUUUGGUCUGGUUCCAAUAGUGCGAGUGAUAUGGUGAAGCUUCGUGUCAGCCAAGAAGAGAGGUCAACACAUCUGAUAUGGAACGUUGUUGGUUCAAUAUCCGGAAGAGAACAGGCCGACAAGGGAAUCAUUUUUGGUGCCCCAAGGGACUCUGUUGGGUAUGGUGCAACAACCUCUGCCAGCUCCACCGCAGUCUUACUUGAACUUGUCAAAGCAUUCACUUCUUUGCAAAGAAGAUUCGAUUGGAAGCCUGCGAGAUCCAUUCAUUUUGUUUCCUUUGACGCCAGCGAGUAUAACUUGGCGGGCUCUGCAGAGUGGGUUGAAAGCAGGAAGAAAAAACUACAAGAGGAGGGGUACACUUACAUCGAGGUAAGUGAUAUUCAUGUUGGCGACAUCUUGAGUGUUACCGCCAACCCCUUAUUGCAUGAUCUCAUCAAAGACGAAUUGAAAAAAGUUGAGUUGCCCGGUCCCAAACUGACGUCUGAUACAAAACUCACACUUUAUGACCUUUACAGAGAGCUGCAUGGAGGGAAUGACAAAAUCUCAAACAAUUUUCUCCAAACCAAGGAUUUCAUUCCAUUUAUUAACUAUUUGAACAUACCAACAUUGGAUAUUGGAUUCCGCGCAGGAGAUGAUGCGGUCCCCAAACAUUCUUGUUUGGAUACAUUUUCAAACUUCGAAAAAAUCGAAGAUUCUCUAAUGCUGCAUCAUGUGGCUAUAGUGGAGCUUCUUGCAAGGAUUGGCUUGCGUCUAGCAGAAGAGCCAUUGAUUCCUUUCCAAUUCGGAACUUUGACUGAUACCUUGAAAAAUUAUAAAAAAGAUUUAGAGAACUUCUCUGAUACUGUCAUAUCAGGCAUGCAUUUAGAUGUUGUUCCUCAAAUGCAAUAUGACUCUUUGCACCGCGGACUCGAACGUCUUGCAAAUGGGGCUGGCAUGAUUGAUGGAUUCAGAAAAGACUGGACUUCUUUUAUUAGAAGCUCCUCCUCUUUAGAGCCCGUUAUGUUAGCGGCCGCAAGGCGAUCUGCGAACAAUAACAUGCUUAAAUUCAAUCGUGUCUUUUUGUCUACUAGUGGCAUUCCAGAUCGGCCUGGAUACCUCAACUUUCUCUUCGGUGUCCCAUACGACGCACCAGAACAAGAUGAUACCUAUGAAUGGAAUACUUUCCCUAUGAUUCGAGAUUAUGUUAUGAAAGGGGAGUUUGAAAAAGCUCAAUUUGAAAUUUCACGAAUUUCAGCCCUUUUGGAAGAUGCUUCUCGAGUCAUCUUGACUUUAUGAGUAGUCAAUUUGAGUCGACUCCAUAUAAAUUCUUAAUUUGAUCAUAAUGUCGACUUUAGACCGUCCAAUUCGCUAAUCUUUUAUGCGUUAUAUGUAAUGUUAUCAAGAACUAGUAGGAAAAUGAGGAAAACAUUCAAAUGUAAUGGUAUUCAAAGUUUUUAUACUGAGAGUUUCUUUUUGUGAAAGUUUUAAAUUUUAUUGGUUUAACGUUUUCUUUUUGAAAAUAUCCAAAGUCAAAUUCCAGCCUUAUGGACAAAAAAAAAAC